AUGGUACGCACAACCCUCAAAGCACGCAGCAUUGGGCGAGUCGGUAGACCUAAAUCCAAAGGCAAAGGCAAACUUGUACGCAUGGAAAAGGGCGCCGCUACUGCUAGGCUCAACUCUGCAGCCAUGCCACUCCGCCAGCCCCUUACUUCAUUUGCAAUUCCGCUUGUUCACGCCGAGAUUGUAAUGGACGACUCGCUAAAGAACAACAAUAAUAAGAUCACAUACGGGGAGCCACAAGAGACCGAGUUCAUCCGGGUCGAAAACAGGGAGUCAUACAAAAUGUGCAGGAUUCCAGUGUUUGAGGGUGGGAAGAAGCGAGGGUUUGUACCGCUACCCCUGAGGUACAGGGAUGUCUGGCUAGAACUUUCUUACAAUAUCGUACUGUGCACUAACAUAUGGGAGCUUUGGCUGGAGGAGGGUAAGAAGAAGUCGAAAGGAAAGAAGGCGAGCAUGGUGGCGACUUGCCGAAAGAACACAGGGUCAAUGCUUGUCCAACACAUGCUCACUAGGCGGUUGGUUGUGGAGCAGUUGCUGAAGUUGGAUUAUCUUACGGAACCUGGCAAAGAGAGCGUCCCACUUUUGGACGAAUGGAAGAUUCGCAUGUGUCGUGAUUGGUGGAACAAGAGUUAUGAUGAGGCUUUCGCUGAAGGGCGCGAAUUCCUGUCAGCGGAUCCUGUGACAGCUGCAAACAAGGCAUUCUUUGAAAAAGGAUGGGAUAUCGAUGAAAAAGGGAAGGAAUCAUUGUUGUCCCCCCCAGAUCCAGCUGCCUGGAUCAACGGACGUGUUGAAGGAAUUCACAAAAUAUUUGCACAAGUCAUCAUGCCUCAGGCCUUGAACGAGUUGAAGAAGCCUGGGGCAUUCCACGAGACUAGACAUUUGGAAGGAGGAGAGCUGCCAGGACGCUGGCACGAGAGACACGAUCCUUGUCCUUACUUCUGGAGUGAAGCGCAAUGGGAGUGGUACAGCGAAGGACACAAUUUUUCGGACACCCCAAUCGCCUUCUUCAACUUUGUCCUCAGGAAAGAGCCGAGCUAUGCAAAUGUCAAAGAAUUUGAGCAUGACGUCAAGAGCAUUGCCAACAUCAUUUUCGCUAACAGUGAAAGAAAUGGCUGUGAAAAUAUCCAGGAGAUUGUGGGUGGACUCUGGCUAGGCGAGAUGACCUGGAGGGAAUUCGUGGAUUACCUGAGGCAGAAAUGGCAUUUGAAUGAUGAUUCCUGCAAGCCUUGGGAAAAAAAGGACGAAAAAAACCCUUUCAAUAGCUUGGAAGCACAGUUGAUCUUCCAAGGAUUCGUGCGCCGGGGCUCCGAGAAAAGAGAUUGGAACCCUAAGGAUCAGAUCCUAUGGGAAUCUUUGUUGAGAAUGAGUCCAAAAGAAUACGAGCCGGUAUGGAAGAGGGUCGUGAAGACGAUUUUGGAAGAGGAGAGCUCUGUAGGUGACGUGUUGAAGGAUGCGGGGAAUUGGUCGCACCAUUCUAAAUCUGUGGAGGAUAGCGAAACGGGUCAGGUAGAAAAUCAAGCUCAGCCUCAAGUUUGUCUUGAACAAGUUGAUCGCGCCGACGCCUCUGCGAAUUUCAACCAGUCGCCUCCCAAAACAUCCGAGAAGCAGUCCACACUAUCUCACCAACUGCUACCCAUCUAUGAAUGGAUGCUUGCGUACGUUCAGAAAACCAUCUCCUUGGAAACAUUUGAAGAGAAACUCAGGAGCUCCUUGUCGAAUGAGCACGAGAAAGGCAUCCAACAGUUCCUUGAUGACAUUCGUGCAAUUCCCCCUGGGAAUGACGUAGCAUCAAAGGAUGCCCUGGAUUCGUUUGUCAACCGCGUCAAGGCACUAGAAGCUAGGAGAGAGGCUGGACGGUUGCAUAAUAAUCUCCUCUGA